UGUUCGCCCAUGGAGAAGACUGGGCUAGUCUUUAUUUUUUGUUUGUUUAUCUGAACAAUUUAAAUCUGCGGCAGAAUCUAUCGAUAUUGUGACACCAUGUGUCACUUUUUCGCGAACUCGGCCAUUGUUUCGUAUUUGGUUAAAUUGUAGCUGAUUCCUAAAAAAAAAAGAAAGAAUUCCAAAACGUUCCAGAAUGAUAAAACAACUUCCGCAUUCCGGUGUGACAUAUUAAGGGAUCUGGAUAAGUUCCCUGCAACAAUGAUGCUAUGGGGGAAAAAAUGACUUCUCCCAAAAUAAUUUAAUUGUAAAUUGUUCUGCGAAAAAAAUAUAUUACUCAGUACAAUUGUGCUCUCAUCCCACUAACGUUAUACAUGUGAAUUUUGCCUAAAAAAUGCCAAGUUACUUUAACCAAUAUCUAGCAAAGUGUUGAUGGUCCCUAACUUUGAUGUCGCUAGCCCGGCAGCAACACAUUCACUACCUAGUUAGUGGUACAAGCUUUGAAAGAGGCGAAACUCAAUUGAUCUUGAACUCAACAGCAACAUGACGACCAAGCACGAAUUCUUUGUGGACAUGACAUGUGAGGGAUGCUCUGGGGCAGUCACCCGAGUCCUCAAUAAACUGGGUGGUGUCCAAUUUGAGAUCGACCUCCCCAACAAGAAGGUUUUCAUUGAGUCUGACAAGGACACGGAUGUGCUUCUGGAAACACUUAAGAAGACUGGAAAGGCGGCUAACUACAUCGGCCCCAAGUGACGAAUCCUCCUCUUUUCUCUAUAGAACAGCUGUUGGUUGGUGCUGAUAUGAAGGAUGAUCAUGAGAAGAAAGAACCCUGGCUGACAUGUCUUCAUGGACCACUGGAAUGAGCUUGCACUGCCAAGCUGUCCACUUUCAGUAAUUUAAGCACUAUUAUUGAUGUGUCCCAAAUGCCACUAUAAAGGCCCAGGUCCAAAGUAGGGCACUGUAUACAGAAUAGAGUACCCUUUUGGGACGAAUCCACUGUGAAUAUCCAGUGUGAUUGAUGCGCAGGAUUAAAUAUAUCAUGUUAUCUAUAUGGGUUAACUUUACCGCAGGGAAAUGAAAGGAUGUAAAGAUCGCUGUCUCUGCUUUGUCUUAACGAAAGCACCUAUUGUAAUUCACAUUGAUUUGGGGGGAACGACAACCAUCCUGUAUUACGUUUUCCUUUCGCUGUCUGAAUAUUGUUCAUGUUUACCCACAUGUCAAAUAAAUAAAAUGGUGAUUCUAGA